AUGAGUGAUGUCGAUAUGGACGAGCUCGCGGGUGGAGAGGAUUAUGAGCGUGAGAGAUUGGAGAAUAUCAGAGAAAGAGAUGCCCUCCUCCAAUCCCUCGGCCUCGAAUCCAAACCCCGCCUUCCUCCACCUACCAGCACGCCUGUCAAGAGAUUGACGCUUUCGAAAGAAGAGAAGCAGAGGAGGAAAGUGUCGAAAAUGAAGGAGCUGGCUGUUCGGCGGGAACAGCCAACGAGGAAGAGUAGGAGGGUUGAGGCGAGGGAGGAUGGGAAGGGAAGGGAGGGGCGGGAUAGGCGCACGUCAACGCGAAGAACACCCUACCCUGGCCCCCGGUACGACCCCCUACCCAAAGCUAUUGCCCCCACCCUCGCUCCCGGCCCCGACUACGCAGAAGGUGAAGGCGAAGCGUAUGAACGCGCCCCAAGACCGACGAGAGGGCAAGAUGGGCGGCUGGAGUUUGAAGGUCGGUUCAAGGGGGUUUUUGCACCGAAUCUGACGCCGGAGGAGAUGUUUGCUGGGGGGGCUUUUGGGGGUGGGUUCUUUAGGGAUGUGUACUCGCGCGUUACCAACAGGCAGUUGUCCUCUGCAGAAGACACAGCCUCCCUCCCAUUCACCCUCCCUCCCUCCCUCCACCCCGUCCUCCUCACCUCCCCAACUCCCCAAGCAUCGGUCAACAGAUUCAAAGUCUCCGCAGGGCAGAGUCUGCAAGAGUGGGAAAAAGCCGGGUGGAUUUGGGCAGGGGACCCGAGAGGUUGGGCGGAGUGGUAUGUGAGGUUUUGGGAGGGGAGGAGGUGUGGGGAUGAUGCGCGGCAGGUUAAUCGAUGGCUUAAAGUCGCCGGCCCCACGGGGAGGUUCAAACGCGCCCUCCUCAAAAAAAUGCUACAGGCAGGCGGGAGGGAGAUGGUGGAGGAUGAAGAUGUGGGGAGGGUGUUGAGGCAGUGUUUGUGGCAGUGGGGGUAUGUGCUGGAUGGGGGGGAGUUUGAGAGGGCGAUGGCUUCUUAG